UGUCUAUCCUUUUGUGGGAACUUCUCUCCCGGACCUCUCCACCUCAAAGCAGAGAAUGCGGACUUGGGUUUCAAUCAGCAUCUGCAGCUUCCAAGAGAAGAUCGCUUAUUAAUCCGAGGUGGCAUACAGAAAAGAGUGGAGUCCUGUGCUGUUUAUUUUUCUCUUUUCUUUGCCCCCCCUCCCCCCUGCUAGUUCACUUUUAGUUAGAGUCAACAUGACUGGCUGUGCGCUUGUUAGGGUCAUGCUGCUGAAAUGCUUGCUCUUGCUGAGUCUGAGUGGCUCCCUGGGCCAGAAGGACUGCACCGGCGUGGACUGCCCCGAGCUGGACAACUGCAUCGAGGAGUCGCUGGACAGCGACGCAUGCUGCGCCACCUGUGUGCAGAAAGGCUGCACCUGCCAGGGCUACCAAUACUACGACUGCGUCAACGCCGGCUUCCGCAACGGGAAGGUGGCUGAGGGCGAGUCGUACUUCGUGGAUUUUGGCAGCACGGAGUGCGCGUGCCCCGAGGGCGGCGGGCGGAUCAGCUGCCACUUCAUCCCGUGCCCGGACAUCCCGGCCAACUGCAUCGAGCUGUCGGAGCCGGCCGACGGCUGCAUCCAGUGCAAGCGCAUCGGCUGCGUGCACGACGAGCAGAAGUACGAGGCGGGCCACUCCUUCCACAUGGACCCGUGCCAGGUGUGCCACUGUCCCAACGACGGCGGGAGCCUCAUGUGCUAUCCGAUCCCGGACUGUGAUCCGCGGAAGGUCGAGAAGCCAAUGCUGGCCACCACGACCGAGGAGAACGCGCACGAGAGACUCUACAAUAACCCUCUGCAGUUCAUCUUCCAGCACCAGGGCCCGAGGGAUCACCUGUCCAAGCCCUUCCGGCCGGCCCAUGGAGACCCCCUCCCCGUCCACCCUCUCUUCACCCAGCACCCAAACAACCUCGAGGACGAGGAGGAGGUGGACUACGACUACAUGCCCACGGACACCCCGGGGCCGCCACUCCUAGACGUGGCUGCCCCCACCAAGUCCUCCAUCGUCUCAGUAUCCUACCCAGAGUCCUUCACUCCACGUGGGCCGAGUCUUUACAGGGACGUGAAGCAAGAGCUCAGAGAGACGUUCGCUGUUCAUCAUGAGGCGACGCCCCGGUUUGAGACCACUCAAGCCCCGGCGACUACCCUUCAGCAGACCACCCCGCGCCACCGUGGAGACUUCACCACCGCCUCCUGGCAGAGAGCCUUUGAAAACAUAGUGUUCCCACUGAGGACCUCUUAUGCUGAAGACCAUGAUGAGGAUGCAGGAGAGAGUGACAUUGACGAAGAGCACGAGAUGGAGGAGGCGGAGGAGAGAACGGUAGCAUCACAUGGCUUCCCUGUUUUUGCGCACGGAGGAAAGCACACAUCCUCCUUUGCUGAUCACAGACAUGAUGACAAAAAGACACAGACCAGGCCGGUGGUGCCAGAUAUCAGCAGCUUUGCCGAUCACGGACGUAGCAAGCCUAUGCAUACCAGGCCUGCGAUACCAGACACUGGCAGCUUUGCCGAUCGUGGACAAAGCAAGCCUACACAGACAAGGCCUGUGAUACCAGACACUGGCAGCUUUGCCGAUCGUGGAAGCAACAAACCUACCCAGACUAGGCCUGUGAUACCAGACACUGCCAGCUUUGCCGAUCAUGGAAGCAACAAACCUACCCAGACUAGGCCUGCGAUCCCAGACACUGCCAGCUUUGCCGAUCAUGGAAGCAACAAACCUACCCAGACUAGGCCUGCGAUCCCAGACACUGCCAGCUUUGCCGAUCAUGGAAGCAACAAACCUACCCAGACUAGGCCUGCGAUACCAGACACUGCCAGCUUUGCUGAUCGUGGACAAAGCAAGCCUACGCAGACCAGGCCUGUGAUACUGGACACUGGCAGCUUUGCCAAUCAUGGCCGUAACAGAAAUACUCAAAGCCGGCCUGUCAUCAAGGAACUUGACCAAGAAGUGGGCACAUUUACUGAUCAAGGACUUAGCAAAAUUACGCAGACCAGGCCUGCGAUCCCAGACACUGCCAGCUUUGCCGAUCAUGGAAGCAACAAACCUACCCAGACUAGGCCUGCGAUCCCAGACACUGCCAGCUUUGCUGAUCAUGGAAGCAACAAACCUACCCAGACUAGGCCUGCGAUACCAGACACUGCCAGCUUUGCCGAUCGUGGACAAAGCAAGCCUACGCAGACCAGGCCUGUGAUACUGGACACUGGCAGCUUUGCCAAUCAUGGCCGUAACAGAAAUACUCAAAGCCGGCCUGUCAUCAAGGAACUUGACCAAGAAGUGGGCACAUUUACUGAUCAAGGACUUAGCAAAAUUACGCAGACCAGGCCUCUGAUACCGGACACUGGCAGCUUUGCCGAUCAUGGAAGCAACAAGCCUACACAGACCAGGCCUGCGAUACCAGACACUGGCAGCUUUGCCGAUCAUGAAAGUAACAAGCCUACACAGACCAGGCCUGCGAUACCAGACACUGGCAGCUUUGCCGAUCAUGGAAGCAACAAGCCUAUGCAGACCAGGCCUGCGAUACCGGACACUGGCAGCUUUGCCGAUCAUGGGCUUAAUAGGAAUACUCACAGCAGGCCAGUAAUGAAGGAGGUUGACCAGGGCAGGGGCACUCUCACUGAUCAUGGACAUAACAGAAAUACUCAGAGUAGGCCAGUCUUGGAGGACGUUGACCGACACAGGAGCACCUCUCUUCAGCAAGGACAUAGCGAGGCAACACAGACUAGGCCUGUGGUGGUAGAAAUGGACAGAGACAGAGGCAGCUUGACUGAUCAUGAGACUAACAGAAAUCCUCUGAGCAGGCCAGUCUUGGAGGAACUUGACCGACACAGGGCCACCUCCCCUCAACAAGGACAUAGCGAGUCUACACAGAGCAGACCAAAUACGGAGGAACUUGACCGAGACAGGGGCUUCUUAACUCAACAAGAACAUAGCAAGCCCAGGCCGGUGAUACCAGAAACUGCCAGCUUUGCUGAACAUGAUCUUAACAGGAAUACUCAGAGCCAGCCUGUCAUUGAGGACCUUGACCGGCUCAGGGGCACGUCGACUGAACAUGGACACAGCAAGACUAGGCCUGACUUGGAGGAAGCUGACCAAGACAGCUCCACCUUCCCUCAACAAGGAGAUCGCGAGACUUCACAGACCAGGCCUGUGAUGGCAGAAAUGGACAGGGACAAGGGCAGCUUUGCUGAUCAUGCUCGUGACAGAAAUCCUCAGAGCAGGCCUGUCAUGGAGGAGGUUGAGCGAGACAGGGUCACGCUUACCGAUCAAGGUCACGGCAAGGCUGCACAGAGCAGGCCUGUCACAGAGGAAGUUGACCAGGACAAGGGCAAAGGUCACCAGCCCCGGAGACCCUCCCAGGAGCACAUCGCAUGGCCGCCUGUCGGGCCGCAGGAUCACGUCACUCCCCCGGCGGGGGAAGCAGCGGUGAACUAUGCACAGCACACCACCCACCGACCGCCGCCGCAGCGGGUUCACCAGAUCCAUACGCUGCCCCCGGCACGCAUCCCCACCACAAGCCAGCCCGCCCUCAGAGUGAAAGCAGAUGCAGGACACCCGGUGAGAAAUCAGAGCCAGGCCUUCACCAGCGUCCACGCCGAGCAGGAGAGAGAACGAGAGAGGGAGCGUGUGGAGGAGCGUGACAACUCCCUCAGCUCCCUUCCCCUCCAUAACAGCGGUGCCUUCGCCAUGAGGCAGGUGGAGAGAUGCUGCGAGGUGGGCAAGAAGUGGGCCGCCGAGCACCACCACUGCAGUGACAUGCCCACCAUGCCUGACGACAACUACAUCUUAUGUAGCGUUGUCCAGGAGCAGUGCUGCACGGGCGCCCUGAGGCAGAGCAGGUGUUUGGCUGGCAUGAGCGCUGCCAGAGGGGGGGAAGCCUGCCAGGCUCCACCGGAUGGACGGCUCUGUGGAGAGGACUCCUACCAGGAGUGCUGCAGUUGCUGCUCUCUGGGCCUGCAGCUGCGGGAGGCGGGCCUCGGUUGCCACUCCCACCAGUACCUGGACUACCCCUGUGGCCACAUCCUGCUGACCUGCUGUGAGGAGGAGGAGGAGGACGCAGAGGGCACGCUGGGAGGGUACGUGCCAGACGGACCCGCACUCAGGAGGAAGGAGAUGCCCAGGCCCACCGCCACGCCAGAGAAAGUCUCUGACAGGAAAUUCCCCAAGGAGGCCUUCUCGGCGGGCGACGGCGAGGACGCGGCCGCCAACUCGCUGGAGGAGACGGGCGGCGUGGACGCGUGCCAGAAGUACGCCGCCCGUCUCUGCCACCACAUCUGCAUCAACACCUGGGGCUCGUACCAGUGCGUCUGCCGCCCCGGCCACGUGCUGCUGCAGGACGGACACACCUGUGCGCCAGAGGACUCGGAGGAGGACAAUAGAGUUCGGGAGGAAGAGCGGCCCGUCACACAAGCAACCUCUAGACUGGCGACCUCUACCGCCUCCACCACCACAACAGCCACCACCACCACCACCACCACCACCCAGAUCCCUGUCCUCCACAACCCAUGUGCAGGCAAUGGCCCGUGUGCACAGCGGUGCUCCAUAGCCGGGGGUCGUGCCAAAUGCUCUUGUUUCCCAGGAUUCUCUCUGAUGGCUGACGGGCACUCGUGUGAAGACGUGAAUGAAUGCAGGGGAGGAACACACAAUUGCUCCCGUGGGGACUUUUGUGUGAACUCGGAGGGCUCCUACCGCUGCAUCCGCCUCAACGAGAUGUGUGACCAGGGCUUCAUUCACAAUGUCAAUAGACAGUGUGUGGAUGUAGAUGAAUGCAUCACCAACACACACACCUGCAAACCCACUGAGCGGUGUGUGAACACACUGGGAGCCUUCGUGUGCGAGAGGCACAUCUCAUGUUCAUCAGGGUACCAGCCAAGGAAUGGAGUCUGUGAAGACAUCGAUGAGUGUGUGACCAGGACUCACAACUGUGGAGCGACGAUGGAGUGCAGGAACACCGAGGGAUCGUUCAGCUGCGUUCCCAAGCAGCAGCGCUGUUACACAGGGUUCACUCAGGACACGCAUGGCAACUGCAUCGACAUUGACGAGUGCAGCAGUCUGGCGGAGCCCUGCAGCUCGGGCUUCAACUGCAUCAACACGGUGGGCUCGUACACCUGCCAGCGGAAGGUGAUCAUGUGCAGCCCGGGCUACCACGCCAGUCCAGAUGGAGCCAGGUGCAUUGACAUUGAUGAAUGUCAGACGGGCAUCCACCGCUGUGGAGAGGGGCAGAUAUGUCAGAAUGUCCCUGGCAGCUACCGCUGCAACUGCCAGACGGGCUACCAGUACGACGCCAUCCGCCAGACCUGUGUGGAUGUGAAUGAGUGCUGGCGCUACCCGGGCCGCCUGUGUGCCCAGACGUGCGAGAACACGCCAGGCUCCUACCAGUGCUCCUGCACGGCCGGCUUCUCCCUGGCCUUCGACGGCAAGAACUGCGAAGAUGUGAAUGAGUGUGACACCAAUCCGUGCAGCCAAGAAUGCGCCAACAUCUAUGGCUCCUACCAGUGCUACUGCCGACAGGGCUUCUACCUGAAGGAAGACGGACACACCUGUGAGGAUAUUGAUGAGUGCUCGCAAAGCAUUGGCCACCUGUGUGCCUUCCAGUGUGUGAAUGUCCCUGGUAGCUACCAGUGUGCCUGCCCACCCAGCGGCUACACCAUGUCGCCUAACAGCCGCACGUGCAGAGACAUUGAUGAGUGUGCCAUUGGAUCCCAUAACUGCUCCUUGUCAGAGAGCUGCUUCAACAUCCAGGGAGGCUUUCGGUGUCUGUCCUUCGCCUGCCCCUCCAACUACAGGAAGGUGUCCGACACUCGUUGUGAGCGUGUGAGCUGCCUGAACGUGCAGGACUGCCAGAGCUCUCCACUGCGCAUCACCUACUACCAGCUGAGCUUCCAGACCAACAUCGUCAUCCCAGCGCAGAUCUUCCGCAUCGGGCCCUCGCCUGCCUACGCCGGUGACAGCAUCAUGAUCGGCAUCACGCGCGGCAACGAGGAGGGCUACUUCAGCACACGCCGGCUCAACAGCUUCACGGGGGCCGUCUACCUGCAGCGGCAGGUGCCCGAGCCGCGCGACUUCCUGGUGGACGUGGAGAUGAAGCUGCUGAGGCAGGGCACCUUCACCACCUUCCUGGCCCGCAUCUACGUCUUCAUCACGGCCAACGCCGCUUAGAGACACUAUACACACUACACACACUACACACACACACACACACACACUCACACACACACACACACUACCUUCCUGGCCUGCAUCUACGUCUUCAUCACGGCCAACGCCGCCUAGAGACACUAUACACACUACACACACACACACACACACACACACACACACACACACACACACACUACCUUCCUGGCCCGCAUCUAGGUCUUCAUCACAGCCAACGCUGCCUAGAGACACAAAGCAUGCAAAUCAGUCACAUAAUCACACAAACAUUCAUACCACUUUUCACCAUACAAGCCUUCCUGCCCAUAUAAAAGGGUUUUUUUGUGGCUAGUGGACCUUAAUGAACUGUAGCCAUUGAUCUGUAAUUGAAGAUAACACACAUGAAGAUAAAUCUGCACACAUAUGCACUUACAUAUACCCCUGCAUAUGGCUGUUUAUCAUGCUUACUUAAUUUGAUGAAAACACUUGCACAAACACGUACACACUCACACACACACACACACACACACACACACACACACACACACACACACACACACACACAUGUAAAUACAUACGCACACACACACACACACACAGGCCUCUCCUGGCCCUUUUCUUGUCCAACUAAUGCUCUUUUCGGGAGGGGCCACACACAAACACAUAUACACACAGACACAUCUCCUCUGUAUGAAAGUUCUUAUCAAGGCCAAAUCUCCUUAGUGCUGAUGCACCAUUUAUAUAAUGCUGAUGAACUUUUCCUGGGCAAUAGCAACACCCUCAUUACAACCAAGGUGCCUUGACGAAAACACACACACACACACACACACACACACACACACACACACACACACACACACAUACACACACAUACAUUAAGCUCACACCUUAUAUGAAACACACACACACAUUAACUUAUGCUCACAGCUCACAUACAGCACAUCUACACACAGACACACACAGACACACACACACGCCCACACACACACACACAGUGUAUUUAACUUGGUGUGUGUAGCGUUUUUUUCACAUGGUGCUAACCUCCUGAUUCCUGCGGGACUAAGGCUCAUUAUUGUGAUUUGUUUAGUGCAUUGUUCAGCAAUGGAAGCUGCUGACAUCUCUGCAUCUGAUGAAAGCGCCCUCUCUGCCUCGCUCAUUAUAUCCUCCUCAUUAUCCCAACACCACCCCACCCCCACCAACAAAAAUGAAGAAAAAGAUCAGGAUGCUGUCUUUUUGAUGUAACUUUUCUCUAUUUCUUUUCACUUUUUAAUCAUGAUUUGAAAGUACUUUACAGAUUGGUCUCCCACAUCAGAAUUCCAGCAUUGCUAACUCUCCACUAGUAACUUUAUUACCACAUUCCUCCAUUCAACUCAUUUUAUUUAUGCUAGAUGAUGUUUUCAUUUGGCUCACUGUUACACCACUUCUAAUUAAUGUCUUACUAGCCAGACCAGUAUUUCACCAGCGUGUUAUUCAUUAUACCUGAAGUAAGGGUGCAGAGAGCAUUACAUGUCUAAAGUUCCCUUUCCCACUAGUACCUUUCCCUGUACUUCACAUUCAUCGCCGUCAAUACUGCACUCUUAAUUUUUACAUUAUUCCUAAGAUUGUAAUUGGUAACAUUGUCAUAAUGAUUACUUAAGAAGCAUCACACGGAUGAAUGGAUGUAUGAUAUUGUUCAAAGCUUACAGCUGUAGGGGCUUUGUCAGGCAAAUGUAAUAGCCUGUCAAUAUUUGACAUUCACACAGAGUGGAUAUGUGUGAGCUAAAUUCCAGCACUGAAGAUGUUCAUGUUUAUAGUUUAUUUUUUGUAUGUUUAACUACUUAUUUUCUUGUAUUUGGUAUUUUUUAAUGUGUAACUGUGUAGUUCAUUCUCAGGGUCAAGGUAAAUCAGACAGUCAUCAAGAAACAAACUGAUCCACUCGAAAAUUCUGCUGCAGAGAUUGCCAAUGUGUAGGACAUUUGGUUUGUGCCCUGAAACAGUAAUCAUUAAUUCUCUAAACGUAUUACACUCACAGACUCCUCAUGCCUGUGCAUAUGUUACUGUUUCAUACUUCAUUGCUUUUUGACAAAUCACCCAGUGUAUAGCAAUAAAGAAUUGACAGCCACUCUCUCAAUAAAAGACCAUAGACUCA